AGAAUCGAGCGCGAAGAAAUCAAACUGGUUUACACAAGCUCGUGUAAAAGAUGUUGGAUCCCAGUUAGUGAAAAAGAUAUUGGAUAUUGCAAGGUCAUAGUUUACGAACAAUAUUCAAAUGGAGACGAAACUUCUGAUGAAUUUAGCAAGAGCGUCAUCCAACCCAAAAGUAACAGCAGUCCAGUGUAUCGAUUCGGAUGGUCUUUGUAUUUCCUCCCACGGAACUGUUAAUGACCAUAUCACUGGAGUUCUCAGUAGCAUAUAUAAACAUGCAGCAGGUAUUGAAGAAAGCUCCAAAUCCCCAGUCUUAGUAAUUGAGUUUGAGUCAAAGUCAAGUAUUUUGUGUGAAGCAUACGGGGUUCUAACUGCUGUUCACAAGAAUCAGUGAUGCUCCACUAAAAAUUACCUGGUGACAACUGCCCGUCAGACUUCAGAGCCUUUCGAAACAUCCAUAAUUCCAGCAUAUAUAAGGCUUCUCGGCAAAUUCCCGGCUAUCAUCAUUGUGUAAAUUUUCUAAAAUUGACUCAUUUUAUCCAGUUCAAUCAUAAGUUAUCAUGCACCUUUCCGAAAUUAUUUGGAUAAGUUAGUUACUGGAUUUAUGUAUUGCAACAGUGAUAUGUUCUUCCUAAUUUUUUUAAAUUUUAAUGAAGACGCUCGUAAACCUGUAGAAUCUAAUUGUUUUGAAUAACUAACAAACAAUUUGAUAGAUUAAUAUUUUGGACUUAAUUAUACGUAACAGCCUUCAGCAUUCGCCUACUCUUGCUACUCGAGAUAUGUAGUUCAAUUUAGCGUUGGGAAACUUUAUCUCCGC